AUGGGCAUCAAAGGCCUCACCGCCCUCAUCUCCGACGAGGCGCCUGGCGCCAUCAAGGAGAUGGAGAUCAAGACCUACUUUGGUCGCAAAGUCGCCAUCGACGCCUCCAUGUCUCUCUAUCAGUUCCUCAUCGCCGUCCGACAGAACGACGGCCAACAGCUCAUGACCGAGUCGGGCGAGACCACCUCGCAUCUCCUUGGCUUCUUUUACCGAACCCUCCGCAUGAUCGAUUACGGCAUCAAGCCCAUGUACGUUUUCGAUGGUACACCGCCUGACCUGAAAAAGGAGCUUCUCCAAAAACGAUUCGGUCGCCGAGAGGAAGCGAGGGAGCAGGAGGAGGAACAAAAGGACGUUGCUGACGUGGAGAAGAUGGACCAGCUGGCGCGACGACAGGUUCGACCCACGCGACAGCACAACGAAGAAGUGCGACACCUGCUCAAGCUCAUGGGCAUCCCAUGUGUGAUUGCGCCCUCCGAAGCCGAGGCUCAGUGCGCGGAGCUCGCCCGAGCCGGUAAGGUCUUCGCUGCAGGAUCCGAGGACAUGGACACGCUCACCUUCGGAACGCCGAUCCUACUCAAGCACCUCACGGCGUCCGAACAGAAGAAGCUGCCUGUCCACCAGGUCGACCUGCCCAAAGCGCUCGAAGGGCUCCAGAUGUCCAUGGCGCAAUUCAUCGACCUUUGCAUCCUGCUCGGUUGCGACUACCUCGACCCCAUCAAGGGCAUCGGGCCCAAAACGGCCCUCAAGCUCAUCCGAGAGCACAAGACGCUCGAGAACGUCAUCGAGCAUCUCAAAGAGGAAGGCAAGAAGUCGGUCCAGAUCCCCGAGCACUGGCCGUUCCAGGAGGCGAGGAAGAUCUUUGAGAACCCCGACGUGCAGAAGGGCAAGGAUCUGGAUCUCAAGUGGGACACCCCGGAUGUUGAGGGGAUGGUCAAGUUCCUCUGUCAGGACAAAGGGUUCAGCGAGGACAGGGUGAGAAAGGGAUGCGAGAAGCUGCAAAAGUCGUUGAGCCAGAAACAGCAGGGCAGGUUGGAUGGGUUCUUUACCGUCAAGCCGGGAUCCGCACCACCAAAACGCAAGGCGGAGGACGACAAGAAGAACGCCAAGAAGAAGGGCAAGAAGUGA